AAAGAUAUGGAUCUUCUUCUUCAACAGCUAAUGAUGGUAAAAAACUUGCACCUGAUGAUGUAAAAUAUUCUGGGAAAGCAAAUUACAAACUAGAUUUAAAAGUUAAUUGUAAAAUGACCUCAACCAUCCAAUCAAUUGAGUCUCCUUCUCAUUUGAUCUCUACUGAGUUGAAUGUUGAUGGCAAUUCUAAAAUUUCUAAUGUUAUUUUGGCUGAACAUAUUACUUAUUUAGAUAAGGAUUUUGUUCUAGUUGUCAAGAGUGAAGAUCUUGAUAAGCCAAGAGCAUUCCUUGAAUAUAAUCCUAAAACAGAAUCUAAUUGUUUAAUGUUGACAUUAGUUCCAAAAUUUUCUUUAAACCCAAUUCAAACUGAAAUAGUUUUUAUAGUUGACAGAUCAGGAUCAAUGCAACGCGAACCAAUUAAAAAAGCAGGCCAAGCAUUAGAACUAUUUCUACGUUCACUACCAGAAGAUU